CUCCCUGUCUUUCUACGGUCCCCUGGUUGAACAGAGAGCGAUGGCCGGUCCAGAGCUCCUGCUGGACUCCAGCAUUCGGAUGUGGGUCGUCCUGCCCAUCGUCUUCAUCACCUUCUUCGUGGGGAUCAUCCGUCACUACGUCACGCAGCUGCUGCACAGCGACAAGAAGAUCGACCUGGAGCAGGUGUCUGACAGCCAGGUGCUCCUGCGCAGCCGCGUCCUCAGAGAAAAUGGAAAGUAUAUUCCCAAACAGUCUUUCGCCAUGAGGAAACAUUACUUCAACGACGCAGAGACCGGCUUCUUCAAGAAGGUCAAGAGGAAGGUCGUCCCCAAAAACCCCAUGACAGACACCAGCAUGCUGACAGACAUGAUGAAGGGGAACCUGACCAACGUGCUGCCCAUGAUCGUGAUCGGGGGCUGGAUCAACUGGGCCUUCUCUGGGUUCGUCAUAAGUGAGUUCUCCAGCUGUUAG